AUGGCUUCCACACAGGAACAACUUCAACAAUUAAAGAGGGCGCGUGGUUUGGCAAGAGCGCACGUAACCAAGAAAAUUAAUAGAAUUAGAGGAUUAAUGAACAAUCCAGAUAAUUUAUCAACCAUAAAAGAUCUUUUAAACGAGUUGCCUAAUGUUCUAUAUGUAUUCCAAAGGGCCCACAAUGCCUAUCAUUCUCAAAUUUGUGACGAAAAUGAGCUGCAUGAUUCUGAACAAUAUGGUAAAGCUGUCGAGUUAUCAGUGAAAGAGCUCGAGCAUGAAAUGGACUCCUUAGUAAAACAAGUGCAACUAAACAUUGAAAGAUCCUUUAAAGGUCAACAUGUUUCAGAAACUCAGAUACGCAUCCAACCAGAGGACUCUAUCAGUAACGUAAGUUCCCGCGUGUCGUCUCGUUCAAACUCAAUGUGUAGUUCAACAAGAAGCACUAGUAGUGCGAAAGCGAAGGCAGCAGCGAAAAAGGCAGCCUUAGAAGCCCAAGCAGAAACUCUGCGGCGUCUACAUCAGCUUGAAAUAGAAGAGCUAGUCCUGAAACAACGCAAACAGGAGCUGCAAUUGAGUAGAGAAAUUGCCGCAGCCGGAGCCGAACAAUCCGUGUACGAGCAAGUCGAAGCCGAAGAGCUUAGAGAAUUUGAUCCUGAUCCGAAAUCAGACACUCAAACUGUCCCUGUCUCUAACCAACAUCGAGGAGGGUCGAAGGAAAAUGGUCCGAAGGUUAAUGCGAUGUACGAGUUCCCCAACACUCCAAUAAAUACAACUUCUACCCCACGUGACGAAUCGUUCAGACGAAUUGUAGAGAUGCAAGAUCGACAGAGCAAUGCUCUUCAACACCUUAUCCAUCAACAACAGCAGGGAGUUAUGGCCCUCACCCUACCUCAACCAAGCAUGCCUAUCUUCAGUGGGAAUCCCAUCGACUACUGCUAUUUCAUUCGCUCCUUCGAACAUCUGAUUGAAUCCAAAACCACCAGCCCAAGUGCACGACUUUACUACCUCAUCCAACAUACCAGUGGUUCCGUACAAGAACUCAUGAGAAGCUGUCUCUCCAUGCACGAAGAUAAGGGAUAUGCAGAAGCUAGAAAGCUGCUGAAGAAACAAUACGGGCAGAACUACCGGAUAGCGGCAGCUCAUGUUCAACGACUGAUCGAGGGCCCGCCUAUUUAG